CCACACACACUGGGUUGUGCUCAGUCGAAUUUUGUACUCGGACCAUUAAACAUUCAACAUGGAAGGCCAUCGCGUGGUAGUCGUCGCAUUUGCUGUUGUCCUCGCCGGAUUGUGCGUGCUGUCCGGUCUGAACGCGGCACCCGUGGAAUGCAAUAAUGGCAGUGGAAUCCAGGUCUCUGAGGAUGGCUAUCAGAGUCAGUCGCAAACCGGUCCCGGUUGUCAGACACAGACCUCGGACGAUGGUUUCCAGACCCAGAGCCAGAGUCAGACAGGCAAUGGCUACCAGUCGCAGACGCAGUGCAGCGGUUCCUCCUGCGGUCAGUUUACCCCCUUCCCGCCCCUGUUCAGCAUGAGGCCAUUGGAGCCCCUCAACUUUGAGCCAUUUGGAAGAUUGGGAAACAACCAGGCCCAGGAGCAGGUGUACUACAGUUAAGUUCCCAAAUGGUUUCUCUUAUGAAGACUCCGAAAAACAAACUAAAAAUGUUUCAUUUAUUAACAAUUUUCUAUAAUUUCAUAUAAGGGUUAUUAUUACUUUU